AUGCAGCUAGACUCCGUCACCUAUGAUCCAGAUGAGGUUCUUUCACCAGGCACUCCUCAGAUGAAAGCAGUGCAUCCAAAGCUCGAACUCACCGAGAGCCCUCCCCCGGAAAUACCAAGCGCUCAAGUCAGUUUCAGCCCUCCUCCUCUCGACGGAUUUCCCAAGUCUAAUCGCCCAAAGAUCCGGCCCGUCUCUGGUGAUGCUGUCCUUGUCGCCUACCUCGGCGGCGGCAGUCACCCUGAGAUAGCCCAAGCUGCUAGCCACCAGGCAUUGCCUGGCGCAGACGAGGGCUCCUUUGAGUUCUCUGAUGGUGAAGAUGACGCCUCUCAAAAGAGUCCAUCGCGAGACGCCAAACUCCCGGAAGCCGACAUUAUCCAGCGGCCGGAUGGCGCCGCUACGGCCCUGCGGGCCGUUGCCGCCGAUGCUUUAGCUGCGGGUGGCCACCUCUCCGGGGAAGAUAAGCCCAGUGUUGAUCUCAUGUUGUCGCCCUUGCCCCCUUUGCAAAUAGACUCACCCAAGUAUGAUGGUGUGAAUGGCCCGAGCCUACCUUCAAUACGAACGACUCUGGGUGACAUUAACAACCUCCCGACGGACAUGCCAACGCCAAACGACCACAGAGACUUACCAGGACGUCACACCGGCGAUGCGCGAACCUUUUCUCGCUCCCCAACCGUAGGUGUCCCACGCUUCUCGUCAAUGUCAACUGGCAGUCGUGCGUCGCAUCCAAUUUCUCCCAGCGAAUCGUAUCAACGCAGCUUCCCAUCUCCCAACUCCCUUCCCGCCUCCAGCCCUGACAACUUCGCGACCAAUGGAUCAAUGCAUCGCUCUCCCGCCGAGUAUCAAAAUAAUAACGCCUCCAGCAAUGCCCACCAACCAGGCUACACCAUCACAUCGCCUGUCAACAUAGCCUCUGUAGCGGAUCGCAUGAGCAUCGACGGAAUAACUAACCCUCAGGUUGGAAGCUACAGCUGCACAUAUCCCGGGUGCACUGCUCCGCCGUUCCAAACUCAAUAUCUUCUCAAUUCUCACGCUAAUGUGCAUUCUUCAGUCCGUCCUCACUACUGCCCCGUGCAAGGUUGUCCUCGUGCUGAAGGGGGGAAAGGAUUCAAGCGGAAGAAUGAGAUGAUUCGGCAUGGUCUGGUCCACGACUCUCCUGGAUAUGUCUGCCCCUUUUGCGCAGACAGAGAACACAAAUAUCCCCGGCCGGACAAUCUCCAGAGACACGUUCGCGUUCAUCAUAUUGAUAAAAACAAGGACGACCCCCUGCUGAGGGAUGUAUUAGCACAACGUCCAGACGGUCCAAGCAGAGGCCGACGAAGAAGGGCACAAGCCUAG